ACAACUCCCUCCCUCUCAUUCACUGCACCAGAGAGGGCUGCUCAAAGCAGGGGCAGCCUGGGAACCCGGCUUUCCCAGACCACGGAGACCAUUGCUAGGCAAGACCAGCGGAGAUGACUAAUGUGCUUCUUAUUUCUGCUGUUUUGCUACAUUUUCUCCAACAAGGGAGCACGAGCAAGAAAUUACCUGGAGUUGAGCAAUAUGAAAUAGUUUAUCCACGGAAAUUGCACACAGUACAUAAAAGAGAUGUAGAAAGAAACAAAGAGACAAAAUACGAUGACACGAUGGAGUAUGGAAUCAAAGCCAACGGAGAGGAAGUCAUACUGCACCUACAAAAAAACAAGCACUUAUUAACUAAAGACUAUACUGAAACAGUUUAUUCUCAAGAUGGUCGACAAAUAACAACAAGUCCUCAGAUCAAGGAUCACUGUUAUUAUGAAGGUUACAUUCAGAACGAUGCCGAUUCCAUAGCAAGCAUCCGCGCUUGCAAAGGUUUAAGUGGAUAUUUUGAGACCCGUGGUCAGAAGUACCUUAUUGAACCCUUGGGAACUUCAGAUAGAGACGAGCAUGCGGUCUAUAAGUAUGAGAAACUCGAACAAAACUCCAUAAAAACCUGUGGUGUGAUCAAUAAUACCUGGGAAUCGGAUUUAAGUGACCCCAUCAAUGACCUCUUCAAGUCCAGCAACAGUCCAGAACUGAAGGCAUACCUGAAAGCUAAAAAGUACCUGGAAAUCUACAUAGUUGCAGACAACUCUUUGUACAAGAAGUACAAGGAAGAUGUCAAAACUGUAAGAGAGCGAAUAUUCGGGAUGGUCAAUUAUAUCAACACGGUUUAUAAGGCCAUAAAUAUCUUUGUGGCUUUAACUGGCCUCGAAGUCUGGACGGACGGCGAUAAAUGCCUGCUGAGCCGUGCUGCGGGAUUCACUCUGGACAGUUUCUCCAAGUGGCGUCUAUCAGAUUUAUUAAAGAGGAAAAGAAACGACAACGCUCAGCUAAUCACAGGCUACGACUUUGAGGGGACAACGAUUGGAUUAGCCUUUCUAAAAUCCAUAUGCAGUUCUGCACAUUCUGCAGGUAUUAUCCAGGAUCAUAACAUAAACGAAAUUGCAGUUGCGGCGACCAUGGCACACGAGAUGGGACACAACCUCGGCAUGAAUCACGACACCAACGCCUGCGCAUGUAGCGCUAAAGUUUGUAUCAUGACCGAUACCGUCAGUUCUAUCGUCCCCAAGAAAUUCAGCUCUUGCAGCCUCCAAAGUUUCGAGAAAUACAUGUUGAGUGACAUGCCAAAAUGCUUAACAGACAUGCCAGACCUGAACAGCAUCGUAGCACCUCCAUCCUGCGGAAACGGCUUUGUGGAAAAGGGAGAGGAAUGCGACUGUGGUACUCCAGAGGAGUGCACAAACGACUGCUGCGACCCCGAGACGUGCAAGCUGACGGCAGGUUCCAUAUGCGCACAGGGAGAGUGCUGUGAAAACUGCCAAUACAAAAAAUCAGGAGCCGUUUGCCGAGCAGUUAAGCACGACUGCGACCUGGCCGAGAUGUGCACCGGCUUUUCCGCAAAUUGCCCAGCGGAUCGAUUCCGUGUGAACGGACACCCCUGCAACUACGGCAAAGGCUAUUGCUACAUGGGGAACUGUCCCACCCGAGAAAACCAGUGCAAAGCUGCUUUCGGACCAGAGGCUACUGAAGGUGCAGCUUCCUGUUACCGGAUGAACGAGAAAGGGGUAUAUUAUGGAUACUGCAGAAAAGAAAAAGGUAGUCACGUCCCGUGUAAAAAAAAAGAUAUAAUGUGCGGGAAGUUGUUCUGUAAGGGGGGGAACGAGAUGCCUCGGGAUGGGAGCCUGGUGACAUUUGACUCCUGCAAAGCAAGUUUUCCUGGAAAUGGAGAAGUAGAUCCAGGGAUGAUUCUCGAUGGAACGAAGUGCGGGAAUGGGAUGGUGUGCAGCAAGGGAGAAUGUGUUUAUGCUGAAGAUGUCUUUAGAUCAACCAACUGCUCUGCCAAGUGUACUGGACAUGCUGUGUGUGACCACGAGCUGCAGUGCCAGUGUGAAGAAGGAUGGGCACCACCAACCUGCGGCGGCUCCUCAGCGGUUUCCAGCUUCGCCAUCAUUGCUGGCGUGCUGGUUGUCCUCGCUGUCGCAGCAACUGCAGCAGUGUUACUUAUUCGCUUCCGAGUAUUCAAGAAGAGCUACCAGAACAGGAGGGGACGUGGAGCCACAAACCACGUCUUUGUGGAUCAGGAACACGGAGAACACCCUGUCCUGGUGGCACCUGCCCAGAAGCCUGUCAUAAGGCCAAAAGGUCCCCCACCUCCUGUUCCUGCUACCAAACCGACCCCUUCUCACACAGUAGAGAUUUUUGCACCAGAGAGAAAACCUGCCCUGCUCCCAGUGCCCAAAGGCAAACCUCCACCUCCACCUCCAAAGGCUUUAAAACCUCCAGUUAAUCCCAGAGUGUGAAGCUUCUGAAGCAGGGCUGAUCAAGAUACCUGAAAUUUUCAGGGACAACUUCUUUGUCCCUUGAUUCCUCUUCUUUUGGCAAUGGCAACCAAGAUAGUCUUCCUGUUCUCUUUAAAAAAAGAACAACUGAUUGACAGCUGCUUUGAAAGAAAAAGUUUGGUUUUCAAAGAGCAAGGAACUCUUUGGUGAUGACCUCAGGCUACCGUCCAAAAGGAAACAAAGCAGAGUCGCUACUUGUGCUGAGGUGUAGACUGGGAGUAAGUUAUGAAAGCUGCUCAACACAUCCUAACUCCUAGGGCCACCACCGCAAGAUGUGGCUGCACUGGGAUGUCCUGCAUCUACACUGCGUUUCUGGGUAUGGACCUGGGAAGAUCAGGGAAAGGAUGGCUACUGUAUGUUGGUAAAUUGUACACUUUUUCCUACAUUUCUGGAUCUUUGCCAGCCCUCUAUUCAGCAACAGACCAGACCUUCUCCUUCAUGUGCAAGUUCCAAGGUCUGGAAAACACCAAGGUCUGGAAAAAGAAAAAGCCUUCCUGCCCUCUGGAGAAAAGUUUGUGUCCUCAAGGCCUGAACUAGCCUUGGAAUGAUAAGAUUACGCACUGGAAAUGCAUUGAUUCUGGAAAGAUCCUUUCGGAUCAGAAUCUCACCUCAAUCCUUAGAUUACCUGCUAAAGAAGGUCCCUCUGUUGAGUAGGUACAGCUGGAGAUAGGCUCAAAAGCAAAGCGCGCAGGAGUCAAACCACUUGCUGCUUGCAAGUGCUCCCAGAGCUCAGGCUGUGCCAGUUUAAGAGCUCCAGCUGCCACCAUUGCACUUGGACAAAAAAACUUGGAAAAGCGCAGUCAACAAAGCCCUUAAUCAUUUAUUUCAUUUGCCCCUCAGCUCCAGAAAUAUCUGAGUAUUUCUUCCUUCCAGGAUAUACACACCUUGGUGUUUUAGUUUAAUUGCUCUUGCACCGGGGUGUGUUAUUGUAAAGUUGCUAAUGAGAACUAGGCUGGGCUCCGGGGUUUGUUAUUGUGGGACAGCGUCGCAGCGUGAGGCUUCGCACACCGGUUUACUACUGAGGGGUUCUUCAUUCCUUCUGGCCUGUUGGCAUCAGCACUGUUGACACUAUUGGCCUGCUGGCACAGGUCUGCAUGAUACUGUUGGCAUGGAUGUUGAUAAUACUGCGAGGGUGCUGGCGCUGAUGCUAUUGUUACCGUUGGCACUGAUACCGUUCAUGUGGUUGGCAUCAAUAUUUUUAAGUUAAAGCGCACAGAAGUGUUUUUCAAGGAACAAAAAUUCUACUGGGGGGAAAAAAAAAAGAAAAGAAAAAAAAAGAAGAAAAAAAGAGAGAGAGGAACAAAAUUGCCCUGAACCCAAAGUACUCAAGAUUUUAUAGAUGUUCCAGUUUGAACUGGACUUGGGUUUGGAUCAGGAUCAAAAUGAGAACACAGGUCCAAAUCGAUUACACUGUGGCUCAGGAAGGCAGUUUCCAGCCCUUGGGCAUAGUGGCUUUGCCAGAGAAGACCGCAUGGCAGCCAAACUACCAAAACAAGACCUGGGGCCCUGGCCCAGCACCGUGCAUACCAACCUUUACCGGCUCUUGGUUCUGACCAGGGCCUGUUAGGACUUUUAAUAAAGCCCAAUGCUCAGAGGGCCUGAAACCUCCUACUCAACUUCUCAAAUGUUCACAAAACCAGGACAACAAACCAGCUCACACCUGCUGAAGCCCCGACCCACGUAAUCCUGUUUGGAUACCAAACACAGAACUGUACAGUUACCUUUCAAAUGCAGAGCCCCGUUCUUUACAGGGACCGUUACUGCAGCCCCAUCUUCUCCGAUACAGAAAUGCAUUUAAAAAAACCCCAAUUUCUUCCCUUGAGCUCAGCUCGCUCUGAGGUUGCCAAUCAAGUGCUGCAUGCUCUGCAAAACACAGAUGCGAUGAAACUACAGUCUUCAGUUUCUGGAGUGAGGUGGGUUUUUUGGUUUGAGAGAGAUUUUAUUGGAAGAGCACAGCUUUCUUCCACUUUGGGUAACUGCUGCUUUAUUUUAGUUGGUGUCAUGGUUUAACCCAAGCCGGCGACUGAGGACCAUGUAGCUGCUCACUCACUCCCCCCCUGGUGGGAUGGGGGAGAGAAGUGGAAGGGUAAAAGUGAGAAAACUCGUGGGUUGA